AUGAGCUUCACAUCUCCCACUGAGCAGUUCAAAGCCUACCAGGCUUUCAGUCCUGGGUCUUCAUCAUCGAAGCCGCCUGCUCAGUCUUUCUCCUCAAGAGUUGACUUUAGCGACCAAUCAUACGAUAUGCCUUACUUUACAGGUUCUGAUGCUUCUGUACUCAACCCUCAGACAAACUAUGGGAGCACUGCGCCGAAACCACCUGUCGCCGACGUUUCGCGAGGCUUUACACCGAAGCAAUUAGCAGAUGCUCCAAAGACAAAGAGUUUUGACAAGAAGAGACUCUCCAGCAUUCCCAGUACUUCUAAACAAGCUCAGCCUUCGCAACCUCUAAAGGCCAAGAUAGAUUACAGGGAAUUCCUGGAGAGCCUCGAGUUUCCCUCCACUACGGAGAGCAAGAUUAGUCAAGGCUCUGGAGAUCUUAGUUCAAGUCAAUGGUUGGUUCAAGAAGCUCUCUUCAUCAAAUGGAGGACUUCUAACGGGCUGCUUUGGCUGAGAGGUUCAGAAGGGAGUGGAAAGUCAACUUUGAUGAAACAAGCUCUUGAAUCAUGCCAGGGCCCAAGUUCAAUUCACCUGACCUAUUCUUUCUCUCCCUCCGGAGACGAGGCAAGAACACGCCUAGGGCUAUUCAAGGCCCUUCUACGCCAAUUGGUCCCCCAGGCCCCAGAGGUCUUCAAAGGCAUCAAGGAAAGGUUCGACAAGAUCCAGUCUUGCUUACCUCCCAAACAACAAGUGGCCUGGAACGCGCAAGAGCUCUUUGACGAAUUGACCAAAGUUGUUCCGAAGAUCCUCAGGACCCAUUCGGUCUCCAUCUAUGUCGAUGGUCUCAAUUACUCAGAAGGCGGAACGGCCCCCAAGCUUGUGCAAGACUUUUCCAAGUUGGUCGAAAAGUCUCGGAUUCCCACCAAGGAUCCCACUACAACUCACAGACUACGAAUCAUCUUUUCUAGUACGCCUUAUCCUAUGAAAGAUCCCUUUCCUAGAUCGUGUAUUCAAGUUGAUGAGAAGAAUGGACCAAGUUUGAAAAAGCAUUUGGAAGGGCUGCUCUCUAAUAUCGACCUCAAUACACAACUCUUAGUCUCCACAAAGGCUGGAUCUUCAUUCAUCUCGGCUCGUUUGAUUGUGAAUCAUAUCAAGCUCUUUGGGCCUGGACAGUCAUCCCUUGUUCAACAGCCAUCGCCCACUCCCGCGCCAAUCUCUUUCUUGCUAGGCGCUUAUUUCCAGGACAUGGCACAACAGGGUAGCAAUGGUCUCCUUUCACUAUUCAAAUGGUGUUGCUUGUCAUCAAGGCCACUUAGUCUGCCUGAGCUUCGGGUCGCUUUGGCUCUCGAUGCCCUCCCCAAAGUCGUUUCCGUCGAGGAGUUGUCCCAGACAGAGUACUUGACGCGAUAUGGUUCUGACGAGAGCUUCCAAUCCUGGAUUAAGACUACUUCUUGGGGUCUUCUUGAAGUUGUGACUGUGGGUGGUCAAAAGGUCGUGAAGCCUAUGCAUGACAGCGUGUCGGAUUUCUUUAUCACCAAGGGGUUGGAUAUCCUUUCUUACAAAGCUCAGGCUGCAAGUACCACUGCCUCUCCUCUUCAGCAGGCUCAUCAUUUCAUCGCCACUUGUAUCCUACGAUAUCUUGCAAUCCUGCCUAAAGAACCAAGAUGGGAGUCUAUGGUUCACACAGACCCAGCCCUCCGACUUGUCGGAUACGCUGCUAGCUGGUCUUAUCACAUCACUUCAGCAGGUUUGGGCAAACAAGAAGCCUCGAAGCUCCUGAAGGUGCUGGGUUGGCCGUCGGAUCAAACACUCAAUGUCUUGGUCAAACUUGGUCUCGGUGAUCUCCAGGGGACACUCUGGACUCACCUAUUUGCCAUCUAUGGCCAUGCUUAUUUCCUGUCAGUGGCUAUUAGAAAAGCUGGGAAUGAUGUCAUUGAUGUCCAGGAUCGCCAGAAGAGGACGCCUUUACACCUAGCUGCUCUUCAUGGCCACUCGACUGUAUCAAAGCAACUUCUCAAGUCGGGAGCAAAGACGAAUGGCCAGGCAGUUAGCGGGGAUACAGCUCUUCACUUUGCGGUCCUUCAAGGUCACCAAAGUAUCAUAAAGUACCUGCUUGAGCGCGAUCCGAAUUUGAUCAAUAUUGCAGAUGGUCAGUCGCAUACGCCACUGUUUUCGGCCGUCUUUCGUGGAAGCUCGUCAGCUGUGAAGCUUUUGCUUGAUAGAAGAGCCGACCUUAAGGCUCUGGACACAUAUGGCAACUCUGUCCUCCAUCAUGCUGUGGAUAUAGAAAAGUCCAGUGUCAUAAAGUUGCUUCUGGAUAGUGGCUUAGAUGUCAAUCGACAGAAUGCCCAGGGUCGUACCCCUUUACAUCUUGCCAUUGUUGGAGACCACUCUUCCGCUGUCAAGGCAUUGCUUGAGAGACGUUCUCGAACAGAUAUUGCAGAUAAUCUCGGCAGAAGAGCUCUCCACGAGGCAGUUUUAUCAGGGAGCAAGGCUUGCACCCAACUUCUGUUGAAGCACAGAGUAGCCAUUGAUGCAAGGGACAACGACGGUCAGACGGCACUAGUAUAUGCUAUUCAAGGUCGCCACGGGAGCCUCUUGAAACUUUUACUUGAGGGUGAUACCGAUAUCAAUGCCAUGGACAAGUAUGGCUUCACCAUGACCAUGGUUGCUGUUCAAGCAUCUGACGAGAAACUCACCCGAAUCCUGUUGGAAAAGAAUCCGGAUCUUGAUCGACUAAGUCAUGAAGGACACACCGUCGCUUUCUAUGCCGUUUUUAGAGGGAAAGCAGUAUCAUUUCUGUCUGAAGAAGAACAAUCAAUCGCUUCGUUGCUCUUCAGGCGCUAUCAAAAAAGGUAUCAGGUGUGGCAUCCUGAGUGGAAGGAAUGCAAACAAGAGUUCAUGGCCAAACAUGGGAAGAAGAAAGACGCAAGCAGUAACGUCAAGAGUAAAGCCAAACUUUCCAAGGCUAAGAACGCCCCUCUGCCAUCCAACAAAGAUGCUGCUUCAAAGCCUCGAAGAUCCUCCAAGGUCCCGGCCAAUGUCGUCUCAAAGACACACAGCAGUGUCCCUAAACAACCUGAUGAACCUAAGAGACUUCAAGAGGCUCAAAGACCUCCUAAACCUGCGCCGCAGAGUGAAGUGGCAGGAAAGCCCCAGAGCCAGUGUCAGAACCAAGGUCGACCUCAGACGACGGCCAAUACAUCCGCCCCUUUAGCCCCUAGCAACUCAGUGCCGAAGGUCUCUACAGGAGUGCAAGGAAACCAGAUGAAUACCCCCAGCAACUCUAUGGCAGCGCCUGUAAAGCCGGGGGUGCAGCAAGCCAGACCAGUUUCCUCCUUCGCAGGUUACCAACCUCCCUGGUUCCCCAGCGGGAGUGAAAGCGGAAGUGGUUUAGAUGCCAAAGCCAAGGAACAGUCCUCAAAGCCUGCCCAGGCUCCUUAUCCUGGUAGCCCCUCCUCUACUUCUGCUCCGGCAAAGGCCCCUAUGGUACAAAGAGGAAGUUGGGAUAUUUACAGUUCCCUAGCAUCAGGGUCUCCAGCACCUGCUCAGACCGUACAGUCUCAGAAAGCGUAUGUUCCAUAUCCUGGUACGCCCCAAACAAGCCCGGGAGCAAGCCCGGCUUCAGCCCAGUCCUUCCAGACGCUGCAACCGGUUUCCGCUGGCAGAGCCCAAAAGACUUCUUCACCCACAGCUCCAGUGCCUUUGAGCCAGUUCGAGAAGAGGUAUUCUGUACCCUCGCUCAACUCUUGGGGGCAGCCUGGAAGUGGUAGUUCUGUCUCUACCUCUCCAGCUAGCCAAAAUACACCAACACAAGCAUAUCAAGCAUUUGUUGCCGCGUCCCAGAGGCCAAAUAUGUCACAACAACAGAUUAAUGCACCUUAUCAGAAGCCAGUAAAUCCACUCCCUUCAGCCAAACCUCUUAUGCCUCAGGUAAUACGCAAACCGGUCGGAGGACAGCCUAUUGUGCCGGCUGAGAAGCCCAUUCAGCAAUCUUCCUUUCUGCGGUGGCAACAACCGCAAGCUCCAUCAGGAGCAAAGUCUCCUCCGGUACCGAUGCAGGCACAAGUCGGUACGACACAGUCUUUGCCGAGAAAGCCGCAUGUCCCUCCACAGGCUCCCACGAGUAAGUCACAAGCUCCACCCAGUACGACGCAAUCAACAUCAGGGAAGAAUCAAAGUGCAAGUGGCCCAAGUGGUCCAGUGCCAUAUCUACCAAACAAGGCUCCGGCUUCUACUGGGACGUCGCAGCCUGCACCUACCAAGGAUCAAGUUCAUCCUCUGACAGCACAAGCUCCACCAGGGAAGCCUCAAGUUCAAGGUCAUAUGCCUCUAAGAAACCCUCAAGCUGCUCCUGGGGUAGUGCAGCCCCAGAUGGCCAAACCCCAGGGACAAGCUCAGACUCAUCCGCCGAGUGGAAAGACAGCUCCCAUACCAUCCAAGUCUCAAGCUCCUCCUGAAGCAACACAAACUCAAGUUGCCAAACCCCGUAUGCAGCCUCAGGCUCAAAUUGGCAAGCCAGCACCAGUGCCACCGAAGUUUCAAACACCAACUGGCGCAGCACAACCCCAAACAGCCAAGCCUCAGGCACAAGAUGGAAAAGCAGAGACCCAAGCACACAAGAUGCAGGGCCCCCCAGGAACCUCGCAGACUGCAUCAGGAAAGCCUCAGGGCCAAGGAGAUUUACCUUCACAGAAGCCUCAAGUACCUACUUCAAAAGCUCCAAGCCAGCCAACAAAACCUUCAAUUCAAAGUGGUACAUCUGCACAGAAACAGCCUGCUGUCCCUAAGCCUUCUGUCGUAGCCCCUGCAAAACCUUUCGCUGCCCCUAUUCAGACUCAAAAGGCAAUUCCCGAUCAAAGAAAGCCCGUCCCAUCACAUAUUGGAUCAAGCCGUGGGGGUGCCGAAUCUCCUACAAGCAUUCCAGUACAAGGAACUUCUGGCCAGAAAACCCAUCAGUAUAUCGACAAGAAUUCCACAAUAUCUCCAGUACCUCAUUACCCUGAACCCUUCUAUCGUGGACAAUACGGCGAACAGACGCAAGCCUCAACUUUUACGUCGACCAGAGAAUUUACAAACAGCUACGACCCAAACACGCAACUGACGGGUACGAGUAGUAUGUCCAGUGGCAAGAUGGCUGCAGCCGCCGGUGUUGGUGUCUUGGCUGGAGCUGCUGGUGGUUAUUUCCUGUCUUCCGAGGUCCGUGAAGACCACUCUAAUCCAAGCAUCACCGAUGAAAGCAGCUAUAUCCACAUGGAUGCUGGUAUGAGCCAGCAAUCUGCAUAUGACUCUGAUGGGGAAUUGGAAACACAUGUAGAGUUUUCAGAUCAUUCUGAAGAGUUUUCCGAGUCCGAAAACGACGCCAACUCUAUCAAUGAUAGUGACUCUGGUGGCUUUUUGUCCGAUGAAGAGUAUGAGCUUUCUGACUCUGAGGUUUCUGGAGGUCAAGCUUCAUCCGAUGACGAGAUCUCGGAUUGGGAAGAGUCAGACGCAGAAUCGAUUCAUGAAGUCUCAGACUCUGAUGAGAUUGACCUAGAUAGCCCAUACAUGUCCGCCGAUUUUACAGAUGAUGAAGCUUCAGAAGCAGAGGAUCUUGGUGCUUGCGGCUUGCAAGCUGAGUCUGAUAGUGACCUCAACACAGACCCAGGCCAAGUCAGUGCUGGAGAAGACUCCGGAUCCGACGAGAAAGAAUCUGUUAACAACGAAUCCGAUGAUGAGCUUGAAGAGUCGGUUCAGUCUAUGGGGUUUCAGCAACACAGUUAUACCAACCAACACUAUCAACAACAAGGGUACUUGAAUGAGCAAUACCAGCAGGCCAUACCUGAAGAGCCCGAGUUCGAGGAAUAUGUGCAGCCAGAUUUCCAACCUCAGUAUCAGCAGCAAGGUUAUUUCAAUAGUCAAUAUCAGCAACAGGUAGCUCAGCAAAGCGAUUCAGAAGAGGACGAACCCCGAGGUUUUCACCAACAACAUCAACAGCAAAGCUACUACUAUCAACACAAUCAAGUAGCUGAGCAAAUUGAAUCGGAAGAGGAUGAGCCACAAAGUUUCCAAACCCAGCAGCAUCAACAGCAGCAAGGCUAUUAUGGUGGGCAUCUGCAAAAUCAAGGCCCUGAACAAAGCGAGUCUGAAGAAGAGCCCUAUCAACAGUACCAGCAGCAGGGUUACCACAGGGGGCAGAAUCACCAGCAAGCAACUCAACAAUACGAUUCUGAAGGUGAAGAAGGGCAACAGGCUGCACAAGGAUCCGGUAACUACGAUAGCAACCAAGAGGUUGAGAGUGAUCAAGACGUAAAUAAUGGCUAUAGCAGCGAUGAGCAGGGCCAACAGGCUGCCAGCGGGCAAUACAUUGGAGGAGGCUGGGGCAACAACUAUGAUUCUGAUUAUUAG